UCGUUUGUAGAAGUCAUGUUUUCCAAAGCCACUGCCAACUUCGUCCAUCAGAUUGACCCUGAAGGAAGCCUCAUCCAUGUGUCGCGAGUAAACGACUCAAAAAAACUGGUUCCUAUUGGACUAGUUGUCAAACGCAACCGCAUCUGGUUCUGGCAGAGCCCCAAGUACCAACCCACUGUUUUCACCCUCAGUGACUUGUUGCAAGGCGACCAGGUGCUAAGUCCUGGAGUGUCCGAGACAGACUUUCUGACCUACAAGGGGACGUUUAGAGACGCAGUCUCCGGGAAGCUGGACCCCGAGGUUGGCCCCGUCGGUGGAACACUGGAGGGCCACGGCUCCUCCGAGCUCCAAUCAUGUUUUGGCAGGAUGUUGAAAGAGGAACUUGAUGUGAAAAAGCUGUUACGGGACUCCAGCAGCAGGCUGGUGGACAUGCAGAAUAAGCUGGUGAAGCAGAUGGAGAAGCGAGAGGAGGUGCUGGCAGUGGUGAAGGAGAGGAUCCUCACCACCACCCCCUGCUCCAUCACCCAGAAGAAAAGGGAGCAGUGCAUCUUCCAGGGGCUGGUGGGCCUGCUAGGGAGCCCUGCUAAGUUGUGUGUGAAGAACAGCAGCAACAUUGAGGCGGACAGCGACGUCUCCUUGGAGAUCCCGUCUGGAACAGUUAUUGCGUACAGCGUCCUGGAACUGGACAUUAAAAAGGAUGGACACUAUGAUAUAUGCCUACGGCCUGGAACAAUAGGAGGUAUUGAAGCAGACUCGCCUGAGUCCUGGCCAUCCCAGGAUUCUUUGGAUUGGGUGGACGGCAUGUUUCCAGAGAAAGUAGCUUUGAUUGAAAUGCAAAAUGGAUCACAUGAGAUGGAUCUUUCUCCUCUGGCAGAGCUCCCCCAGUCCACUCGAUACGCUUUGUUCAAGAGACUCCAAGAGACUCUGAGGGACAGAACUGCCCUGUCACAUGUUGAGUGUUCGCUGGAUGAGUUGUGCAGUGGUGAAACACUGGAUAUGGCCAAGCAUAAUGAUCUGUCAGAGAGUCAGAGAAAAUUAUUGUCAGCCAUACUGGAGCUGCUUGGCACAGACACUGCUGCUAACGUCCCUUUAUACCUUAAUGCAGCUCACCUGUUGGUCAGUGCCAUGGAAGAGUUGUCUGAUGAAACUCUGAGCCUCUUGAGUGAGAGCAGCUCUCGUUUUCUGGAGGCCUUCAACACAUUGGUUAGUUCAAUU